GUUCGAGGCGUUCGCGAGUGAACCGGACGAGGAGGAGGACGACGAGGAGAUGCUGCCGCCGCACGAGAUGGUGGCGCGCUCGCGGGCGCGGGAGUCGCCCAUGACGACCUUCUCGGUGCUGGAGGGCGCCGGGCGCACGCUCAAGGGGAGGGACCUCCGCCAGGUACGCAAUGCAGUGUGGCGGAAGACCGGCCUGCUCGAUUGAUCCAUUGCGUUUGCAUUUGGCAGCUGCCUUCGGCCACAGCGAUUGAGUUCGUGUGCUUGAAUUAUUUUGUACAUUACGCGUGAUCAGGUGUUAAUUUUAGCUACACCUGUAAAAUAUGUGUUGUAUCACUCACCAGUGCGGCAUUGCUCUUAUUUAUGAACUCUCUAUUUGAGCUGUCAGGAGACAUUUGAACUAUUUGGUAUGGAUCAAGAUAAUUGUGUUCGUAUGGA